AUCAAAUAUGAUUAAAUCUACGAAGGGCGCAACAUUGAGAUGCUGUCAGGACAAACAUCGCGCACAUCUGGUGUCUUCAGCACUUAUUUCAUCUGAUUCUUCUCUUGUGUGGACGGGAAUAUUCACUGCACAAGAAGCUCAGAACCCAGAAAACACUGCUUUGGCUAUUUACAACAUCAGUGACAUCAAUCUAGGAGGGAUUCCUGCAGAGUUUACAUGUCAUCCACCAUGUACCAAGAAUGAACAAACUAUAUCUGAACAUGCUGUGGUAUUCAAGCACAAUUCAAUGACAGCUGUAGCAGCAGAAAAGAAAGAAUCCUGGAUUGUGCUCUACAUUGGAACUGCAAAUGGCCAGCUUAUAAAGCUCGUGUUAGAUGAGGCUUCAAGAUUCCACUGUUCAAAGUUGCUGUACAAAUCUGGCAGAGACAAUACAGUGUUUCCUAGAAUGUACUUCAAACCAGACCAUAAAUACAUCUACAUUGCAUUUAAAAAUCAAAUAAGGCAAGUGUCAGUGACUCAGUGUGGUACUUACAGCACUUUGAAAGACUGCAUUGUCAGCAAUGAUCCUUUCUGUGGUUGGUGUGUGAAACUAAACAGAUGCUCCACUGAGAACUAUUGUAAAGAUUCUCCUUGGCUCUCUGUUCCUAAAGAUUCUUUGAUGAAAGAGCUAAGCUCGUUUUUAGUGACCAUGACUCAUGAAAAGGUUAUUCUAAAUCUUCACCUGAACCUGAAGGCCACGGAACAUCCUCCCUUAACAUGUUAUUUUAAGAUAGGAAAUAAGGAACUGUGUGAUGGGAAUGGUUCUACUGCAGUCUUUCCCAAAUGCUCCUGCAGUUUCUCCAGACAACACGUGUCUCCUGAUGGACAUGCAGUUAGAGUAAAACUGACUAUCGGAGCUCAGACCCUCACAGAGAACCUGACAUUAAGAAACUGCCCAAAGAUCAAUAACACAUCACCUUUUGCGCGGUGUGCAGCCUGUGCCUCAGCUGGGUGUCAGUGGUUCCCCAGUAACCAGACAUGCUCCUGGUCUGCUGUAUCCUCACCACACAUUGACAUGCAGGAGAUUUGUGAGGAAAAGUAUUUUGAGAGAGACUACAUGCCAGAGAUCUUCUUCAUACACGUUAAGGAAGUCUCUCUAAAUGGCAUAAGCAAUGCAGUGAUAAAAGGAAAAAAUCUGGAACUGGUUGAAAGAAUUCGCUUCCAAGGCUUAAUGGAUUGCCGUCUAAAUGAGGUUCCAGUGUUGGCGCGCUCUAAUGACACUUUGAGUUUUCAUAUUCCAAGUGGAAAUAAAGAAACUGUAAGAGUCUGUGUGGUGACAGGUGAUAAACGUUGUCAUAGCAAUGCCGCUAUCACUUAUGUGGAUGCAGAGUUUGGUUGCUUCUGUUUGAGAAAAGAGAAUUCAAGGUCAAAGUGUCUAACAUCCACCUAAUCAAGGUGCCUAUAUGACCAUCAAAUGCUUCUGACUUUUUGAUUACUGCAACACAAUCAAACAGUUCAGGGUAUCAUGAUUGGUUAUAAAAGGAGAAUCUACUAAAGGCUCAAUCUUUUCAAGCAAAGAUUACAAGUGGCUUACAACUUUGUGCCAAACCUAGUGAGAGAAUUGUCAAUCAGUUUAAAAAGAACUUCCUCAGUGUAAGAUUGCAAAUAAUUUAGUCUUUUACCAUUUCUUGUAAUAAUAGUUCAAUCACCAUAAUAUUUUUCACCAUGUUGUAAUAAGACAGGGAAUUCAGAGAAUUCUUGGUCUAUGUUGGUAAGGUUAGUAACCACUGUUGAAUGUGCGUGGUCUUCAUAAGAAACUGUCAUGCUGCUGUGAUAAGUACAGCCAAGGGCCUCAUUCUGCGUGAGCUACAAUAGUGUGGCUUUGUGGACACAAAGUUUUUGUGCGUGACUAGCCUGCCUGCAGUCCAGAUGUAUAUUUUCUUGAAAAUGUAUGGCAAUCCUGAAGAGAGAAAUAAGAUUACAGACAGUUCAGCAGUUAAAGUCUAUGGCUUGAUGUGAAUGGCUAUGGUAGCUUGUCAUAUUGUGACAUACAGUUCUUAUUUUUGCAGAGGACUAAAUAUUUUGUGGUCUUAUGAGGCGGAAAUGAAACUUUUUGAAGCAAAACAGUAUGCACUAUAUCUGGCAAAAACUCUAGCAGAAGACCAAGAGCAUGAACCAAAAAACAAAUACCGCAUUUGCACUAUUGCCUUACUUGAAUGUGAAACCUGCAGUCUAUCUGGCUCAUUUCAAUCUUUUAAACCACCCAGAGCUAACUACUAUUUGAAUAUUUACACCUACUGCCCAAAGGGCAAACAGAAUAGACACAAAGAGUGUUUCGCAAUAAUUCUGCAUUAAAUUUGAGGAGAUCCUAGUAAAGAUAACAUAAGGUUAUUCAUAAAACAUCUUAACCCUUAAAAAAGUGAAUAACACUGAAUUUAAAAACGCUUUAGAGUAGAUUGUGCAGGAGUAAUGCCAUAGUGUGCACAAAAAUGACAUAGUGCCAGAAAUGAAAGUCUUCAGAACUAACUCUGAGAUAUUUGACAAAUGGGAAAAUGCAACAAUGCCGAAGUGAUGACCCGCGUCUGCCCCAACCUUCCAUCAGUACAGCAUUUCAUAAUGUGAAUCACAGUUCAUUUAAUUUCCACAUUGACACCUUGCAGUAAUCACAGUAACUGAAAAGAGCAAAGUCAUUUUCUCCUUCUAAUGUCAAAUUGUUCAUUCAUUCAUUAAUUUAUUCAUUCAUUUACUGUCUGUUUUAUCACCGCUUCAUCCUAGUCAGGGCCAUGUUCGCCCCGUUUCAUCAGGCAAAAUAUCAAAUACAAAAAUUACCAGCAUGUUAAAUAAACUGUAAAUAAAAUAAAGCAAAUGAAUGUGUGU